CACAAAGGCGCUGCCACACAACGCUCUACCCCAUCACAAUACCUGGGUGAGCCCUGGAGCCCCCGGGGGCACCCAUGGGACCAUGGGGGAGAGCGAAGAACAACAGCUGCCACGCACCGUAUAUUAAAACUUUCAAAUCCUGGAGCAAAACACCAGCUUCGAUUAAGCCCAUCAGGAUCGCACAUCAUGCCAAAAACUGAUGCAGGAGAGAAGCUGCUUUGUGAGCUGGGCUACAGGCUGGGUCACACCUUAGGGGAGGGCAGCUUCUCCAAGGUGAAAGCGGCCACCUCCAGCAAAUACAAGGGCCCCUUAGCCAUCAAGGUGGUGGACCGGCGACGAGCACCCCCCGCCUUCGCGUACAAGUUUCUGCCUCGGGAGCUCUCCAUCGUGCGCAAGAUCCGGCACCCCAACAUUGUGCGCAUCUUCGAGCUCAUCGAGGUCUGCAACGGGAAGCUCUACAUUGUGAUGGAGGCGGCGGCCACUGACCUGCUGCAGCUGGUGCAGCAGCUGGGGAAGCUGCCCUGUGUCCCCAAGGCCCGGGACAUCUUUGCGCAGGUCGUGGGGGCUGUGCGCUACCUGCACGACCGCGACUUGGUGCACCGCGAUCUCAAGUGUGAGAACGUGCUGCUCACCGCCGACGGCCGGCGGGCCAAACUCAGUGACUUUGGUUUUAGCAAGGAGGCCAACAGCUACCCAGACCUGAGCACCACGUUCUGCGGGUCAGCAGCCUACGCCUCCCCAGAGGUGCUGAUGGGCAUCCCCUACGACGCCAAGAAGUACGACGUGUGGAGCCUGGGGGUGAUGCUGUACGUGAUGGUGACCGGCUGCAUGCCCUUUGACGAUACCCACAUCCGCAGCAUGCCCCAGCGGCAGAAGAAAGGGGUGCUGUACCCAGAGGGGCUGCCCCCGCUGCCGGAGCCCUGCCAAGCCCUCAUCGCCCAACUGCUCCGGUUCAGCCCGGCCUCCCGGCCCAGCGUGGGACAGGUGGCCAAGAACAGCUGGCUGAAGGGGGACAUCUGA